UCCUCUGGAGAUCAUAAGGAAGUGGAUAAAGAGAAUGCCCGUAGGAGGCUAUAUCUAGCUUCUGCUGUUUGUUUGGUCUUUAUAAUUAGUGAAAUAAUAGGGGGAUACUUGGCACAGAGUCUGGCUAUCAUGACCGAUGCUGCUCAUCUCUUGACGGACUUUGCCACUAUGCUUGUCAGCUUGUUUUCACUGUGGAUUUCUUCUCGGCCUGCAACUAAAACCAUGAACUUUGGCUGGCAUCGCUCAGAGAUUCUAGGAGCUCUGGUCUCUGUGUUUUCCAUCUGGGUGGUGACAGGUGUACUUGUCUAUCUGGCGAUUGAGCGACUCAUUUCUGGGCAGUACGACAUUAAAGGUGGUGCCAUGGUGAUCACCUCAGGAGGUGCUGUCGCAGUAAAUAUUUUAAUGGGCAUCAUUCUUCAUCAGUCUGGUCACAACCACAGCCACGGCAGCACAGGAGAGGUCAGACCACAUGAUAUCGAAUCCAAUGCCAAUAGCCACGUGAACCCCAGUGUACGAGCUGCCUUCAUCCACGUUGUAGGAGACCUGUUACAAAGCAUCAGUGUCCUAAUUGCUGCCUAUAUCAUCUACUUCAAGCCUGAAUAUAAAAUAGUGGAUCCAAUCUGCACUUUCCUUUUUUCCAUUCUUGUUCUGGGGGCCACCAUCUCCAUUCUGAGGGACGUUCUCUGCAUACUAAUGGAAGGAAUUCCAAAAGGAAUGGAUUUUAAUCAGGUUAAAGAGUCUCUCCUGUUAAUUGAUGGGGUGAAAGCGAUGCACAGCCUCCACAUCUGGGCACUGACCGUCAACCAACCACUGUUGUCAGUCCACAUUGCCAUCAAUGAGGAUGCAAAUGCUCGGGAAAUAUUGGCUGAAGCUAACCAUAUGCUCCACAGCAAGUUUGACUUCCAUUCCAUCACUAUCCAAAUAGAAAAUUAUUCUGAUGAUAUGGUCAAUUGUAAGGAAUGCCAGGAACCCAGAGAUUAG